UUUUAAUUUAAAUCUUUUGCAGAUGGGAAUUGGCUAGCUUUGUCUACUUAUACCACCAACACCAUUGUGACCUCAGAAAAGAUAACCAGUAAUGACAUUGGUUCAGCUACUGGCCUUGCCAGUACAGAGAUGGCAUCAUCUGACCAGCCAUCGACCACAGAGGCUCACCAAAAAAGACCUGUUACCAUGAGUCCAAAUAUGACCACCACAGAAGCUACAUCAACCACUGGUUUUGUCAGAGAAGAGACUACCCAAUACAGACAGCCUUCAACCACACAUGUGGAUCAAACAAGAACCAUAACCAGUGGAACUCCAAACCCCCCAUUUUUACCCACAAGCACAACCACUGGGACCCAAAAUAGAAGAAUCACAACUGAGACUUUGUCCACUACUGGUGUGGUUACUACAGAGAUUCCAUCUCUGAUGCAUUCUUCAACCACAAAUAGGGACCUGACUAUAACUACUACAGAGUUAGCAAGCCAGCCAUUUUUAUCCACUUAUACUGUCAGCACCAUUGCAACACCAAAUGAGAGAACCACCAAAGACUUUGAAGCAACUACAGGCCAUGUCAGUACAGAAAUAAAAUCAUCUGAACAACCAUCCACCACAGGGGUUCACUUCAGAAGACCUACUACCAAUGAAACUCCAGACAAGCCAGUGACCACCAUCUCAACAGUAACACCAGAUCCAACAACCACUAUGGCAACUAAAUCAACCACUGGUUAUAUCAGCGAAGAGACUACCCAGUUCACGCAGACAUCAAUCACACAUGUGGACAAAGCAAGAGCCAUGACCAGUGGAACUCAAAAUCAACCAUUUUCAUCCACCCCUACAACCACAGGGGCUCAAAACAGAAGGACUACAACUGAGACUAGUACAUCAACAUCUGGUUUUGCCACUACAGAGAUCCCCUCAUCUAACAAGCCUUUCACCAUGAAGUUGGACCAAGCCACAACUGCAACGACCCCUGAUAUAAGAGCCACCUCUGGAACUGCAUCAACCACUGGUGUCCAGGGUAAAGAGAUCACACCUCUAAGGGAGCCUUCAACCACAGAAGUGAUCCAAACAAAAAGUCUUUCUGACCAAACGACUCAGGAAUCAACUCAUUCCACCACCAUGAUGACUCAAAGUAAGGGAACCACCACUGACGUUAACAAAUCAACCACUGGUCAUCCCAGCACAGUGGCAAUCUCAUCUGAGCAGCCUUCAACCCUUGGGAUGAGACAAACAAUUCAUAUGUCCUCAACCACUGAGAUCCCAAAUAAAAUAACUGCUAAUGAGAGACUCUCAACUAUGAUAGGAAUCACCUCUGACAGCUCACUUACUGACACACCUGAGCAGCAUUCAACCUCACCUGUGGACCAAACAAGACCCAGUACUGAUCAUGUAUUUAUCCUGGGAGUUAAACUUUCCUCAAAGAGUCAACUCAGCGACGAUAACAUCAAAGAGCUGGUGUCAACCCAGAUUCGGGAUCUUCUGAUAGAAAAGGGGAUUCCUUCAACCAUCAAGGUCGGCGUUAUUCGACGGGUAAAAUAA